ACUACAUUUAUGAUAAAUCAUACCUACUAAUACAUUUUGUAUUUGAAAGUACAAAUACAACCCUUUAACCUGCGAUCAACUUAAAUCUCUAUAUUUUCUAUAGUAAUUAGUAUCCUUAAAAUAAUUUAAAUGGCAGCAUAUAACAGUUUUGAAGAUCUUGAUGAAGAAGUUAAAGAACUAUUAGAAAAUUACAAACAUAGGAAAGCUACAGUCUAUGAGCCUUGUACAACCAAAAAUUUUAAAGAAUGUUUAGUAGGUCUUUCUGAGGAAUUGAGUCUUUUCAACAUUAGUUAUAUAUUCAAUCCUCAUGUUGAUGUAAUAGAGAAUACAAUUUAUCCAGAUGCUCUGAUAAAUCUUGUAAAUGCUGCAUGGGCAUUGCUACAUCACCACAAAAAUGUAAUUCAAAAGGCAGAUAGCCUCAAAGAGAGAAACCAUACGCUUGAACAAAACAACAAACAAAUUAAUGGUGCAUUACAAAAAUUUAAGGAUAAGUUAAACAAUGAGAAAAAUGAAUCAAGAGCAUGUGUUGCUUCUGCACAAAGAGUGUCUGAUCAAUCAAAUGAGGUAUAUCAGAAGUUAUCGGAGACACGCAACAAGCUAAAUCAAGUAUUAAAGCAGAAGGAAACAAAUGAAAAGGUGUUGCAGUACAAAAUCACUAAAUUGAAACUAGAAAAUGAAAAACUAACAGACAGGCUACGAAAUAAAUCUAGUGGAUACACCCCAUGUGCAGAAAUAUGUGACUCAACAAUUGUACAAUUGAAGGAGCGAGAGAGAAAACAAAGACAAGUGAUAAGUCAACUCCAGUCAAGCAAUCAAGAGCUUAUCAGAGAGGUACUUGCUAUAAAAGAAGAAGUGCUAUUGGCUGGCCUUAGUGAUGUACAUUUGAAGGAUUAAUUUUUAUAUUUUCUUAUUAUGCCUUUAAUAUGGCAUGAUUUUGAUCUUGUUGACUUGAAGGAUAGAUAUUUUAUCUCAGAAACUUCUUUUGUCUAAGAUUGUAUAUUUUGCAUUGUGUUUGAGAGAAUGUAAAUACUAUGUAAUGAGGGGCAGGACUGCCUAGGUGAAAAUUGAAAUUUAGUUUAGUAUGAGACACAGUGAUUUGAAAUAAGUUUGAAAUAGUAGUAAUUAUAGUAUUGUGAUUGGUGACGAAGUAUAUGAAAUCAAAUCAAUCACAACAAAUCACUUUAUACCUAUAGGUAUACCGGGUACCUGUAGGUCAAGGAAAUUACACUUAUGAAUGUCAAAAAAUUAUUGUAUCUACCGCUACUUCGUAAAGGGUUGAGCUAAUGAGAAGACGAAGCAAGAAACUCAUUGCUACUCUUUUACAUCAAGAUUUACAUUUUCAUUGUUUUACAAAUCAUUUCAAUUACAAUAUAAUAUGUAAAGUGAUGCAACAAACAUAUUCAAAAGUCAUAAUAUAAUCCAGCUCAGUUUGAAAGUAUUCAUCCUGGCUCUUUGCCAGUUAUAAGUCCGGUAUUACAAGAGAACAACGGUGGACUAAUGUAUGUUUCCUUGUAUUGGAUAUGAGUGAAGUGUGUAAAAAGUGAAAUUGCACAAAAGAUUUCUCAUGACAAUUAUUAUAAUUUGACAAUGCCAAGAGCUGAAGGUUGUAUAGUGGCUUGGCUUUUUAUUUUUACCUCAAAAAUUUUAAAUAUUUGAUCUACAAGUUAUAUUAAGUAUUCAUGGGCUAUUUUAUAAAACUCUACAUACGAAAUUGCUAUGGGUUCAGGCAUUAAGUCCAAAGCAAAUAUGUUCAAUUCCACACACACAAUAAUUUCGAUUAUAACAUUAUAACAGAACAUUAUAAUUUCACAUGUGUGUGUGUUUAAGUUUCAUCACCAUGUUUUCCUUCACAGUAAGAGUGUGGCAUAAAUAUAAAAAUUUAUUAAAAUAAAAUAAAAUAAAAUUUGCAAUUUUAGGUUUAUUCAUGUUGGUCUUUUAUGGCAUCUAGAUUCAAUAGUGUGGUUCCGGUUAUAGUACAUACAAUAUUAGGAGUCAUAUAAAACUUACAUUAUUAAUUUUCAAAUAAAUAUAUUAUAAAUUGAUAACAGCCAUAGUUUCUAAACCUUAUUUUGCUCACCGCCUCCUUUUGAGAAUAUGUUUUUUUCUAGAGUAUUUUCGUGUAUUUUUUGCCUUUUUAGACUAUAUUUUUUAAUCUACCCACACCCCAUCUGCGCCAUCUCAAUGCCCCCUAAUUUUCUCUGGGUCUUCUACUGCGCCCCCAAAAGUCACAAACGCCCACAAGGGGGCGCUAUCGCCCACGUUGAGAACCUAUGGUCAUACCACAAUUAUGGAAGGAAAACAAACAAAUAAAAUUUAUUUAGCGGUAUUCGUUACAACCUGUUUCGAUUACAAAAGAAUACAUAAAAGGCCUCCAGAGGUGUUUCUGUGUAUGAAUUACUUCUACCAGUCAGUUACUUUCUACUAGAUGGCGCUGUGUCAAUAAAGAAAUAUAAAAGCGGCCGAAAGUCGAAAUAACUGCAGGGGCCCACAUUACCACCCUCUUUUCUACUGUGCAGUAAGUGUAAGUGAUUAUGGAAGUUUUCUAAAAUAACAUUUCAUCUUAGUAUUGUAAUUGUUAUGUUUAAUAUGCCUGAUAUUAGUUAUAAAAGGUUUGGAUUCCCCAAGACUUUUAUUAAAUUAAAAACUACCUAUAAAUACCUACAUAGAAGGUUCUUAUUUUUUUACAUAGAGAUUGGAUCUUAUAAUGAGUGUAAGAAUUUAUAUAUUAGUGACUAAAGUUACCAUUAACUUAACAGCUUUAAAAUUUCUAUACUAUAAGGUUUUAUAUGUAUUUGUUGACUGCUAAUUAAUCAGUAUUAUUUUAGUUUAAGUGAAAACCUGAACGCACAUUGUAUGUGAUUUGAAACAGCUGUGUUUGAUGUGGUUUUUCUUUUAAAAUAAGUAGGUUUUAAGUGUUUGAACUUCGACAAGAUUCAUCCAAAGACAUAUAUAAGUAAUAUUAUAAGCACAAAUAAAUCAACGGACAUCAAAAUAGAUACGUACUUACUUUUAACAUUUAUGUUUGUAAUUAAUUGUAAGUAAAUAAGUUUUUAUAUUAUUAUGUACCUGCUGACUGCUGUUAUAUAAAUGUAUAAUAAAAUAUGUUGUAUAAGAUGAUAAUUUUAUGCUAACAAUUUUACAACAAUACUAGCUGUCCCAGCAAACGUUGUAUUGCCGAUAUUAAAAUCGCGAUACAAAAAAAACUGUUGAUUGUAGAUAGGUGAAAAUUUGAAGUUGUGUGUAUUUUUUAAUGUUGACUCAUAAUCAAACAAAUUAAAAAAAAUGUAAAAAAAAUCGUGUGGACCACCCUUAACAUUUAGGGGGAUGAAAAAAAAAAGUCCGAUUCUCAGACCUACUAAAUAUGCACUCAAAAUUUAAUGAGAAUCGGUCAAACCGUUUCGGAGGAGUUCAAUGUUUAACACCAUGACACACAAUUUUAUAUAUUAGGUAUACAUAGGUAAUAACACAUACAAUCUGUUUCGUCAAGACUUCGUAAAACAAUUAAUUUUAUGACAUUUCUACGGAAUUAUUCUAAUAAAGAAACUUUACUUCUAGUUUACACCGCACUUUUCCAAUCUCUACUCCUCUAUUGCAUUGACUCUUUAGCCCAGUCAUAUUAGGGCUUUCACCUCGGAAUGAAAGAUAAUAAGCUGCAAAUUGGUAUGAACCUUUGUUUUGUCAUUCUAAAUGUUGUCUCAAAAGUCACAAAAAUCGGUUUUUCGCGAAUAUCUGGCUUCCUAUCGGUUAAAUGAGAUUUGCAUUUAUUAUAAAAGUUGUAGGCUAUAAAAUUCCCUACAACUUUUGUUUAAACUUUUUUUUCAUACGACCAACCGUUUUGAAGGUAGAGCGCGAAGUGCACAUCGUACAGUCAUAUACGGCCUAAUGCAAGGUCAAGCGUGAGUUAUGGUUAUCAGUACGUUAUAAAGUCAAUUAUUUACUUGGAAAUUAUAAUUAUUAAACAAUGCCUAUUAUUUAUGU